GCGUCGCGCACCUUCUCUCUCUCACGCUGAUAUAAAUUAAUGCUUUCACGAAGAGUCAGACAGUUUGAGCGAACUUCAGGGCAAGAGACACACAAGUGGCAGAGCGUCUUCAGAACCGCUCCAACAGGGAUCGAAAACCGCCUAGCAUACGUGGCCGACAGGAGCUCGGGGAGGAAAAACGAUGGCUGCUGUGAUGAGACUGGUGGUCUGUCUGUCCGUCUGGCUGUCUGCGUCUCAGGUCAGCGGUUCCUACAUCCCUCAGGACAUGAACAGGACUCUGCAGAACCUCAACAAGUACUACACCAUUUUAAACCAAGACCAAUUUGAUGGGAAACACGUCUUCUCCAGGGAGCCUCUGAAAGGAAAGAUUGAGUCGAGGAUGUUGUACAUGGGAGGUAUUUUGGAGGCGUACGAGAAGUUGAUCGGACACAUGUUGAGGCAGCUGCCCACUCCAAGUCCUCCACUGACGAGCAAACAGAAACACUCCUCCUCCGUCACAGCCACCUCCAGCUCUUCAAGGUCAGAGGCCACAGACGGAGUCAGACCAAAGCUGGAGUACAUCCUGAGGAAGAUCCAGGAGCUGAAGAAACACCGCUAUCAGGAGCAGAUGAGGAUCCUGCAUGGACUCCAGGGCCUUCGGCAUGUUCAGACAAACAGUACCAGGGUCCAGAGCAAAGCAUUGUGGGAACUGCCAUGGAUUUUUGAGGAGGCGAGCUCGCUGGCUGAUAACAUCAUGAAGAGGAGAAGGCGGCGGCGUCAGGCGAGGACCAAGCUUCGACUGAAGGAUUAGACUCGGAUCCAUAAGGCAACGCCAGCAGGAUAAGGACGUCAGCUUUUAAAGAAAGACAUCAUCUCUACUUGGAUUUCAUGGAUUCUGAUACAUUAAUGAGCCUGAUAAAUAUGGUACUUUUGCAAAAAUUAAUAAGGUUAUUUUUACUCUACAGACUCAAUAUCACUUGGACUUCAAUUCAAUUCAAGU